AUGUCGGGCGAACGACCUUUGGGAGGGUCUUCUGCCGUGUCGGGUCUAUCUGAUGCUCUGGCACAAGGAGCAGCCUACCUCUCUCCCUUUGCCCAAUCAGCCCAAGCUGGGGCUUCCACAUCCGCAGCGGGUCUGAACGAAGCGACAAGGCACCUGAUAGAUGCCGCACCGCACCUCUUCAAACCUCGCAUGUUAUCAGCUGCCAUUCAUUCUUCUGGUCUGGGCGUUGCCGGCACUUCGGGCGAUAGGGCGAGGAUUGUGGGCUGGGGCGGACUGCCUUUGGCACUCAGUAGACCCAUCAGUCUUUCACAACCGGCCCGAAGCCUGGCCAGAUUUGGAGCAGCUGUGGCUUCGGGAGGAGGUCUUUCGGCAGCGGAAUUGAGAGCGAGAGAAGAUUGCGCAGCCAUACUUAGGGAAGCGGAGGCUGAGGCUGAGCUGGGCGUUAGAGCUCAGGGAUUGAGCAUCGAAGAUGGCUCUAAUGUAGCAGCAGCAGCAGCAGCAGCAGCGACAACGACGACGGCGAUGAAUGGCGAAGAGCCUGUCAGUCUGCUUCGAGGAUACGAAGCUACUCGACCUUCUUCCUUGGCAGGCAGAGCUAGGAGGAGGGAAGCAAGGGGAAAAGCAGUCGAUGCUCCCAGAUUGGGUCUGCGAGCGAUGGGCGAAAAUGCUAGAGGACUCUUGUCUGCUUCGGAAGCGCACGAAGAUGGCGAAAAUGGCGCGACGCAUGGCGUCGAGGAGGCAGCUUCUUCGUUCAAGAGCAGAGCUAAAGGUAGAGCUAGCAUUAGAGGAUCGAGAGAUGCGGUCAUCAAGCUGGACGAAUCUCAGCUUGCUGCUCAGAAGGAGGAGAUCGAAAGGGAGAAGGAGGAUGUUGGCGUUAGAAGGGUCAGUAAGCUGCGGUCUGAAUCACCUUCGAGAACGCGCGCAGGCGUUUAGCCCCGUGAACUUAUGCUCGAUACUCUCUCGUCACCUCGAAUGUCUCCAUGCAGGCCCUAAUCCGAAAGGAAAUCUCGGCAGUGGAAAUCAAAAUGGCUGCGCUUGUUGCUGUCAGGGACAGACUGGAGCACAGCCUGCUGCAGCUUCGAGAGGAGGAGCUGGAGCUGCAAGACGAAGGUGAGUGUAGGGGCAAGGACACGGGAAAGCGGCAAGCAGACCAGCUCUGAGCAUCGCGGGACUUUCGGCUGACCUUGUCAUGCUCAAAUCCGUACUGCUGCCAUCCAUCAGCGCAAGGCGUGUCGGAGUUGCUCAGCUUGCAAGCGCACAGGAGGAAUAUGCCCGGUGUUGCCGGAGCGUCUGUUGCUUCGCUCUCGACGAAUCAAACUGGACAGUCUGAGCACGCCACAUCGGCUUCGAGCAGCCGAAGAAGGAAAGGUGAGUGGGACGCCAGAGGCCGCUCGAGGAGCGCGGCACAUGCUGAGCUCGACUGCGCUGCUUGUGCUUCACCAGGUCCCUUGUUCUUGCCCUCCGAGCACGACGAGCUGCCUUCGGGUGUUGCCUUCAUGGUGAGUGGAGCACAGCCAAGUCGUUUUGAUGGCAAGCAGGUCGACCAAUUGAGCAUGGACGUGCCUGUUAUUACUUCGCAGACACUUGCGGGACACACUGCGCCUUUGACCGCUCUGGACUUUUCCGAACCUUACGGCGCGCUGGUCAGUGCCGCUUCUGACGACGGUGCGCCGAUCGUCUGGGACCUAUCUUCGGGCGGCGAGGUGGGACGUUUGAGGGGCCAUGAGGGCAACACGCGAUGCCUGCAAGUUGAGGAAGAGCUCUGCAUAACGGGAGGUUCGGAUUGCAGCAUACGGAUCUGGGAUCUCCGAAAAGUGGAGAAUUGGGAGACGAGACUGUCGAUGAAUCAGCAGGCUCGGGAUGGAGAGAGUGCAGCUACCAUCGUUAGGAAUGGAGAUGAGGCAGAAGGAAACAACAAGGACGAGGAGUGGGAUCCUUGCCUCAGCAAGUUGGAUGGUCAUACACGCGCAGUCACUAGCCUCUACUUUGACGAAGGCUGCCUGGUGAGUUGCUACGACCCAACAUGACGCCUUGGCGCGAGUACUCAUGUCGCUUUGGCAUCUCUCAGAUCACGGGGGCGUCAGACAAGACGCUACGCCAAUGGGAUCUCAACACUGGGCAGUGCGUUCUCACCAUGGACAUUCUCUGGGCCAUUUCCAACCCUGGUGGACCAUCUACACCAGGAGGCAGUGGGGCCGCAUCUCGACGAUCCAUGGCUUUCGACAAUUCCAGCGCGGGUGGAAUCGGUGGACCAUCGGUCGAUUUCUCUGGCGCUUUCUCCUACCCCUCUCCACCCGCAUCCGACGGCUCGUGGGAGAUGUACAGCGAUUUUGUUGGGGGCGUACAAUUCUGGGGAUAUGCCCUGGCUAGCGCUUCUGGAGAUGGAGCGGUGAGGAUGUGGGAUAUGCGAACGGGUCAAGCGCACAGGACCUUGUUGGGUCACACUGCGCCCGUGACGUGCCUACAAUUCGACGAGACGCACAUCGUCUCUGGCAGUCUGGACCGCUCCAUUCGCAUUUGGGACUUGAGAACGGGCGCCAUCUCCGAUACGAUUCGCUACGACUUUCCAGUGACUGCGUUGCAGUUUGACAGUCGCAAAAUUUUGGCAGCGGCAGGAGAGAGUGGCGUAAAGGUUUACAACAGGACCACCAUGCAGCACUCUACGCUCGCGCUCAAUGGACAUACCGCACCGGCGGAGAGACUGAGGUAUAUGGAUCGGUAUGCCGUUACGGGAGGAAGGGAUGGUCUGGUCAAGACGUGGUCCUUGUAG